AUACACCAAGUAUAUAACAAAAAAUUAUACCAGCGCCAUCUAAACAUUUUAUAAAUCCGACUUAGCUUACAUAUCUUAUUUAUCGUGUUCUGUUCAAUCGACUGAAGAUAAGAAGCUUUACUAUCGAUUACGGUUCAGUGUUACAAAGAUUUAACGCAUUACAUGAAAUAUUGUCUGACAGAAGUUUAACAGCUGAUUCAUACAAUAUAACAGAGGUGCACCAGGUAUAUCAGGAAAUGCUUUUGAUUGCUGGGUUCAAAAGUCUAAUAUGCAUGAUGAUUCUGCUAUAACAAAGAUGCAACAUCAAUUCUGGGUGACGAAACAGGUUUUAUCUCGGAGAUUGGGAAAAAAAGAGGAUGAAUGUAUAAUUGCUUCAGAUGCUGAACUGGAUGCAAAGCUAGAAUUGUUCCGCAGUAUCCAAGAAUCUUGUUCUUACUUACAAAGAGUUAUUGACAGAUACCAAGAAAGAUUAUGUAAUUUAGCUCAAGAGGAAAAUGCAAUGGGACGUUUCUUAAAAGAUGCUGGAAAACAAGAUAAAACUCGUGCUGGCAAAAUGAUGUCAGCAGUUGGAAAAUCCUUAUCUUAUUCAGGUCAACAAAGACUUGCAUUGAGAGCUCCUUUGGGUCGAUUGUAUCAAGAAGUAGAAACAUUUAGGCAAAGAGCUAUUGAAGAUACAUUACAAAAUGUGCAAGCAAUGGAAAAAGCUCGUACAGAAUAUCGAGCUGCUCUGUCAUGGAUGAAAAAUAUUUCUCAAGAUUUAGAUCCAGAUACAUCUAAACAAGUAGAAAGAUUUAAAAAAGUUCAAGCACGUGUUAAACAGGGCAAAAUAAUUUUUGACAAUCUGGCCCUUGACUGUCUUCAGAAGGUUGACUUAUUAGCAGCGGCAAGGUGCAAUAUGUUCAGCCAUGCCUUAGUUUUAUAUCAAACCACACUCCUGAAUUUUACAAAGAAAUCUGCACAAGCAUACUCGACAAUAGCAAACAGCUUCAAAGGCUAUCAACAUUUUGAUUUCACAGUUGUACGAGAAUUGGCUGAAACUUCUAGUAAAUUGGCACAAGAAACAGGAGGUGAUGACGAUCCAGAAAAUAAGGAUAAAUUACCAUUUUUCGAUAUGGAUUAUCAUGAUGAUGUUGAAGAGGCACAAGAAGCUACUACAAAUUCAGAAAAUACCUCAGGGAAAACUAAACAAAGUGAGAAGCUCUUGGAUAUAGAAAAUGAGCCAAAGGAUAUAUUAAUACAUUUAGAUGAGACUACAAAUUCUUCGAGGAACGGAAUUGUGCAUAAUACUAAUGAUACAGAAAAUGAUAAAGGUCUUGAAGAGUUCUUUGGAAAUUUAAUCUUAGAAAAAGAUAUCUCCAAUAAUACCGGACAAUCGGUUACAAAAACAGAGGAGAAUAAUCAUUCCACAUUUAAGAAAAAUUCUGAAGAGCAGAAGUUAGCAAUGGAUAUAUUUGAAGAGUGUAAUACAAAUUUUAAUUUAACUGAUUUACCAUUGUUAUCAUCAGAAGCUCAACAGCAGCAAUCAUUAAAUUUAUUGACUUCCGAAAGUGCAGCAUUAUUCGAUGAAAUUCUGAAUGAUAAGCAACAAUGCACAAAUAAUGAUUGGGAAGGCAUAUCAAAUGAUACUUUCCUACCGCCAAAUAUUUUGAAACAGAGUUUGGGAGAUGCAGCACUAGGUAUGGGACAGAAGAGUGUCACAACUAAUAACGUGGACGACAAAAAAAAGAACAAGACUGGAAAGCAAAAAGGUAACUCAUGGUUGGACUUAUUUGCAGAAUUGGAUCCAUUGGCUAAUCCAAUGGAGAAUCUUUCUGGUGAUAGUAAUGCUUCUGCUUAAUUCAUAAUGCAUUUUAAUAAUAAUAUUACCCUGACAUUCGAAUUACUUGAUAUUUAUAACAAUAAGGAAAACUAUCAAGUUAUCAUUUAUUAUCAAUGAAUAUCAUAACACAGUGAAUGUAAUGUUUUCACUUGGUAUAAGUUUGUAUCAGUAUUACCAGUGUGUUUGUAAACUUUUAAAUUUAACAUUCCAGAUUUUUUUUUAUAUGUCAACUGUCAAGAUCAAAACUAUUUGAAUUAUAUGAAUUUUGUCAUAUAAGCUAGAGAUACAUACCAAAAAUAUAAAAUUUAAUGUUUAUUGAAUAUUAUGCUAGUCAU